AUGGUAGACAAGAAGCAAGGAGGAUCGAUUGCCAGAAAAAGAAGAAACCGAAAAAGAAGUCUAAAAAGAGGAAGGAAGAGAGGUCUUCUCCUUCACCCUCAUCUUCUUCAUCAUCGUCCUCCGACAGUCAACAAGAAUCUGAGACCGAGCAGAGGAGAGAAAAGAAACGGAAAAGCAAGAAGAGACAGAAGAAGAAGAGGCGACGUGAUGACAACUCUUCAGGCGAGGAAAGCGACAGACAGUCGAAAUCCAGUACAGAAAAGAGGAACAAAUCUAAAAAGCACCACAAACACAAGAAGAGACGGCGAUCCGAUAGCGAUGACGAAUGAGUGUAGUCAACACUGCACAGCCUUGUAGACGCUACUCGAUACCAAUGUCAUCGUCUGGUAUUCUCGUUUGGUGUUUUUUUAUUUGUGAUCUCCUGCUGCCUUAAAAGUUGUGUCAGUUUGGCAAUUUGCCAAUACAAACCCACCUACUAUUCUGUAAAAUCUGAAUAAGAACAAAUCUGCCAUUUUUGGGAUGUUACUUUUUAUAAAAAUGUCACAAAUUCAUUUUGUAGAAAAAUUAUCACAAAAUGAAAGAAAAGAUGAUGGAAACAAAUUUCAACUGAUAAUAUUGUUUACAGAGGUUUUGAUGGACUUUUUAUACAUUGGCAUUACUAGUUUUGGCUUUACUGAAUGUGGUGUUUUGUAACAUUUGUAUAGAUUUAUUGGGAACUCUCUUCUCAAUUCUGUACUUUGUUUUUUAAUGAAGUUGCCACACAAGG